CUAAAUUUCAAGAAAUGAAAUAAUUUUAAUUGAGUGUUAAACUUAAAAUAUCCGUUCGUUCCGUUUGGUGUUGUCGUGUUUCGUUCUUAGAGGCUGAGAAAGGACUGUGUUAUGGUGUCGAACCCAUCCUACUGAAACGCGACGUCGUUUUGUUCAUUUCAUCUUCUUCCUCCGCUCAAAAAUGGGGACUCUAACAAAUUGCAGUUCAGUUCCUCUAAACUCAGAAUUCCGGUUCAAACCGGUUCGCCAUACAUUCAGGAACAAAAUUCAGUGCCACCGGUUCAACUCAGACUUAUCCAAAUGGGGAAAGUUGAAGCACGUUCAUUUCGAUAGGUUUAGGUGUUUUUCAAUCAACAACAAAGAUGGUGUUGAUGGUGAAGUUGAAAAUGGUAACAACAACAACAACAACAACAACAACGAUUCUAAAUCCAAUGUAACAACUGUGUUGCCUGAUGAAGAUAGAGGCUUCAAUUCUGAUAAAUCAACAACCCCUUCCACUUCUCAAAGGUCAUCUCUGUCCUCACUUGGAUCUGCAUACAACAAUUUUCAAGUUGAUUCUUUUAAACUCAUGGAACUCCUUGGACCCGAGAAGGUUGAUCCUGCCGAUGUAAAGAAAAUUAAGGAUAAGCUUUUUGGUUAUUCGACCUUUUGGGUGACGAAAGAGGAGCCUUUUGGGGAACUAGGGGAAGGCAUUCUUUUCAUUGGCAAUUUAAGGGGAAAGAGAGAGGAUGUUUUUUCCAUACUCCAAAAUCGGCUAGUUGAGGCCACCGGCGAUAAGUACAACCUUUUUAUGGUGGAGGAACCUGAUUCAGAGAGUCUUGAUCCAAGGGGUGGUCCACGUGUUAGCUUUGGUUUGCUGCGGAAGGAGGUUUCUGAGCCAGAGGCAACAACACUUUUUCAAUAUGUCAUUGCAUCUUUGUUGUUUCUUCUCACUAUUGGUACCUCAGUGGAGCUAGGAAUUGCAUCUCAGAUCACCAGACUCCCCCCAGAACUUGUGAAAUUCUUGACGGAUGCCAGCUAUACUGAAGCCCCAGAUAUGGAGAUGCUAUAUCCAUAUUUUGAAUCAGCGUUGCCUCUAGCAUAUGGUGUCUUGGGGGUUCUUCUUUUUCAUGAGGUUGGACACUUUUUAGCUGCAUUUCCCAAACAAGUAAAAUUAGGCAUUCCUUUCUUCAUUCCCCACAUCACACUUGGCAGCUUUGGUGCUAUUACUCAGUUUAAAUCCCUCCUUCCUGAUAGAAGUACACAAGUAGACAUAUCACUUGCGGGUCCCUUUGCUGGUGCUGUGCUAUCAUUUUCGAUGUUUGCUGUUGGUCUUCUCCUUUCAUCAAAUCCAGAUGCAGCUGGAGAUUUGGUGCAAGUUCCUAGCAUGUUGUUUCAAGGUUCCUUGCUACUUGGUUUAAUCAGUAGAGCAACUCUUGGUUAUGCAGCAAUUCAUGCGGCAACAGUUCCAAUUCACCCUCUUGUGAUUGCAGGAUGGUGUGGCUUAACAAUACAAGCUUUUAACAUGCUUCCAGUGGGGUGCCUUGAUGGUGGGAGGUCAGUGCAGGGUGCUUUUGGAAAAGGUGCAUUAAUGGUCUCUGGUUUGACCACUUAUACAUUGCUAGGGUUGGGAGUGAUUGGUGGACCUCUUUCACUUGCUUGGGGAUUUUUUAUUAUAUUUGCUCAGAGGACACCGGAGAAACCAUGCUUAAAUGAUGUGACAGAAGUUGGAACAUGGAGACAGACAUUUGUUGGCAUCGCUAUUUUUCUAGCUGUCUUAACUCUUCUUCCUGUUUAUGAUGAACUCGCAGACGAACUGGGCAUAGGUCUUGUAAACACAUUUUAGUUUUAACGGUUGUGUGUAGACUAAAGCCAUAUUUAUAUUGAGCAGUGAAAUGAAAUAUAUAGGAAAAUCAUUACCAAAGGAAAGGCUAGUUCGAUUUUAUACGACCUUUUGUGAUAAAACCAUUGUUAACAUGAAUAUUAUGGUGUAAAGAAAAAGAAUAUUAUGGGCUA